UAGCAAUCGUAACGGAAGAGGAUGUCUCUGGAAACUGAAAGCAACCGUUUCUCACAGUUUUAGCAAGACUUAGCCGGCCACCCUUGUCCCGCGACGGCGGCCUCAGGGAGGGCCAUUAGCGCGCGCGCAGUUUCCCGCCAGAUCGCCUGUUGCCGCGGCCAUGAGGAGCCUCUGGUGGUGGUGGUGCUGUGGUCCGUCGGUCCUGCUGACUCUCCUCCUCGGGGAAGUGAGAAGUAAAUACGCGCCUUUACCCGACAUCACCAACCGCACCUUUAUCAAGCAAUACCUCGACAUCCACAACAAGUUCCGCAGCGAAGUCAAGCCCUCUGCCUCCAACAUGCUCUACAUGACAUUUGAUUUAGCUUUAGCUAGAAUUGCUAGAGCAUGGGCAAAUAAAUGUGUUUGGAAACAUAAUCCUAAUCAAAGGUACCAUCCUGAUCGUAUGUUUAAGCCAACCGGAGAAAAUAUGUGGUUGGGAAGUGCAAGCAGAAAUCCAAUUAAUGUCGAGGGUCCAAUUCGAGCAUUUCAUAGUGAAGUAAAUUACUAUACCUUUUCUACCCAUCAUUGCAGCCGUGUAUGUGGACAUUAUACGCAGGUAGUUUGGGCUGCUUCACACAAAGUUGGCUGCGCUGUUGUUUACUGCCGUUAUAUGGGUGGAAAGGAAAAAAAUAAUAACAUUUUAGUUUGCAAUUACGCUCCAGCGGGCAAUUACGGUGGAGUACGUCCUUAUAAAGAGGGGAAGCCAUGCAGUAACUGUCCAAAAGGUGACACUUGUAAAGACAAUCUCUGUAGAAAUCCUGAACGUGAGAAAGAAAACAAUUUACGUUAUUCACGAUGGUAUCCACCAUUUGAAAGGCGGAUUAUAUGUGAUCCAUCUUGCAUUGCUGUUGCUGUUUUAAGACCAUUGUUAAUGUUCCUGGCAUUUGCUGCUGUUUAUUGCUUACAAAUCUAUUAUCCGGGUUUAAGUUUUUCUAAAUAAUCUUCAGUAUUUUGUAUGCAUAAAACUUUCUUUGACUACUUUGAUUAAUUAUAAGAUUAUAUUUAUAUGAAUUGUUACAUUAUUUUCCUGUUUUCUUUUUUAAAAGUAGAUUUGGUUCAAUUCAUUGUUUUUAUGGAAUUUUGUCCACUUCUUAAUGCCUUUUAAUUCUGUUGAUACACAUAUAAAACAAAAUAUAUUUAAUAUGUUCCAUGUUUUGUAAACAUGUAUAUUAAAAUUAGGGAGUUGUGAUUAAUAAAUGUUAAUGU